AAUUUAUUUAGGAUGUUUUAUUUGAUAAUAUUAAUGAUUUGGUUGCAGAGAGAACAAGUUACUGCUAACUAACGAAUGGACAUCCAUUCAAUUAUUAUUUAUUCGUUACGACCUUCCACCUUUUUCUUGUGUGUGCGUUCCUAACAUUAUUGUUUCCUACCAAGUUCUCUGUCUGGGGAGUUCUUAGCACCACCACCAGCUUCUGCAGUAGCUUUAAGCUACGAAAGAUUUUCCUUGACCAUGGGGCAAAAGCAUUUAGUGACGGUGUUCUGUUUAUGGGCUUUAACAUGUUCCCUUCUUCCAUCUUUCUCCUUUGGAAUUCUGAGAAUUGGUUUGAAGAAGAGACCUCUAGAUCUUGAUAGUAUUAAUGCUGCUAGAAAGGCAAGAGAAGGUCUAAGAUCUGUAAGACCAAUGAUGGGUGCACAUGAUCAGUUUAUUGGUAAGUCAAAAGGUGAAGAUAUAGUACCUUUGAAGAAUUAUUUGGACGCUCAAUAUUUUGGUGAGAUUGGAAUUGGCACACCCCCACAGCCCUUCACUGUUGUGUUUGACACUGGGAGUUCCAACCUUUGGGUUCCAUCAUCAAAGUGCUACUUUACUCUUGCUUGCUAUACUCAUAAUUGGUACACGGCUAAGAAAUCAAAGACACAUGUCAAAAAUGGAACUUCAUGUAAAAUAAACUAUGGAACUGGAUCAAUAUCUGGUUUCUUCAGUCAAGAUAAUGUUAAAGUUGGCAGUGCUGUUGUCAAGCAUCAGGAUUUCAUUGAGGCUACCCACGAAGGAAGUCUUACCUUUCUGUCAGCAAAGUUCGAUGGAAUACUGGGACUUGGAUUUCAGGAGAUCUCAGUUGAAAAUGCUGUGCCCGUAUGGUUCAAAAUGGUGGAGCAAAAACUUAUCGGUGAGAAGGUGUUCUCUUUUUGGCUUAAUGGGGAUCCGAAUGCGAAAAAAGGUGGUGAAUUAGUUUUUGGUGGUGUUGACCCAAAGCACUUCAAAGGAAACCACACUUAUGUUCCAAUUACUGAAAAAGGUUACUGGCAGAUUGAAAUGGGAGAUUUUUUCGUUGGAGGUGUUUCAACAGGUGUUUGUGAGGGUGGCUGUGCUGCUAUUGUGGAUUCAGGAACAUCUUUGCUUGCUGGUCCAACUCCUGUUGUGGCUGAAAUCAACCAUGCCAUUGGAGCUGAAGGAGUUCUCAGUGUAGAAUGUAAGGAAGUCGUUUCUCAAUAUGGAGAGUUGAUAUGGGAUCUCUUGGUAUCAGGGGUGAAACCAGAUGACAUAUGUUCACAAGUUGGUUUAUGUUCUUCCAAAAGGCAUCAAUCUAAGAGUGCUGGAAUUGAAAUGGUGACUGAAAAGGAACAGGAAGAGUUGGCAGCGAGAGAUACUCCUUUGUGUUCUUCUUGUCAGAUGCUUGUUCUUUGGAUCCAGAAUCAACUAAAACAAAAGGCAACGAAGGACAGAGUAUUCAACUAUGUGAAUCAACUGUGUGAGAGCCUGCCAAGUCCAUCUGGAGAGUCAGUGAUAAGCUGUAAUAGUCUUUCCAAGAUGCCAAACAUUACGUUCACAAUUGGAAAUAAACCUUUUGUCCUCACACCAGAGCAGUAUAUUCUAAGAACUGGAGAAGGCAUUACAGAAGUCUGCCUUAGUGGGUUUAUUGCUUUUGAUGUUCCUCCUCCAAAGGGUCCAUUGUGGAUUCUUGGCGAUGUUUUCAUGAGGGCAUAUCACACCGUCUUUGACUAUGGAAAUCUCCAAGUUGGCUUUGCCGAAGCAGUCUAAUUACGCUUUCUGGAGGAUUUUCUUUGUAAAUUUGUUAAGCGUGUUGUAAAUAAGCUGUUAUAAUUGUAGCUCUGGUUACUUUUUGAAACCACGAAUGUAUUUAUCCAUUUAAGACGUAGAAGUAUCCCACUUGCAAGUGUUGUGUGCUUUUUAUAUGAAAAAACCAUCUUCAUUUCAUUCCGUGUUUGACCAAA